AUGAUAUUCAUCUUUGUUUGGGGUGGAUGGGAGGGUAUAGCACAUGAUUCAAGAGUUUUGAAAAAAGUUGUAUUCGAUUCGACUUCUGGAUUUCCAUUUCCUCCACCGGAUAAAUAUUACCUUUGUGAUGCCGCAUAUACAAACACUUGUGGGUUUAUGGCUCCAUAUCGCAAUACUAGGUAUUGGUUAGCCGAUUUUCGAAUAGGCAGACAUUUAACUAGAGAAGAAAGGUUCAAUUAUGCUCAUGCACAACUUAGAAAUGUUAUUGAGCAUGCUUAUGGUGUAUUGAAUGCGAGAUUCCCAAUCUUAAAACAAAUAGCUCCUUAUCCUUUUAUAGUGCAAAGAGACAUAGUCAUGGUCCAUAAUUUUAUUAGGAAAUACAAUAUAGAAGAUGACUUGUUUAGAAAUUUUGAGGACACUAUGGUUACUCCUGACGUCCAAGGUGGGCGAAUUGAUAAAGAAAACAUACAAGGCAUAGAAUGGGGUCCAAAAGCCAUUGAGUAUAUGCGUGUUUUGCAUGAUCAGAUUGCAAAUCGACUACUUUCACCUACUUUACAUUAA